AUGGUUCCCAACGUAGCCCUCAAUCCGGGUCUGUUGGCUGAAGCCGCUUGCAAAACAGUGAUCAUCACGGGCGGCGCCAAUGGAAUCGGCGCAGCUACGACGCGGCUGUAUAAUACACAGGGAGCGAAUAUUGUCGUGGCUGACCUAGCAUCAUGCCGGAAAGCAGCAGACGAACUCAUACGGUCCCUCCCCAACCCACCGCGCGCAGUGUUUAUCCCGACUGAUAUCCUCGAUUGGGCACAGAUGACGAACUUAUUCAAGGAGGCACUCCGUCGAUUCGGGAGCAUCGACAUAGUAGUCGCGAAUGCUGGAAUCAUGGAGACAUCUCCAGUAUUGGAUGAGAAUGCUGUCGACGAAAAUGGGGAUCUCCUGGAGUCGACAGAAGGAUUCAGAGUCAUUGAUAUCAAUCUCAAGGGGACUCUAAACACCCUCAGACUAGCUCUUCACUACAUGCGAAGUAGUCCAGAGAAGUCUGCAGGCGGCUCUAUCGUGUUGGUUGCCUCGACGUCAGGCUACUUCGGCGGUACCGGCGUAGCUGGCUAUGUUGCGUCGAAACAUGGUGUUGUGGGACUGCUACGAUCUUCACAACAAGCGGCGCGUAAGGCGAAUGUCAGAGUCAAUGCAAUCGCUCCGUUCGUCACGCCGACGCAUAUCACGGCAUCCUAUGUGGACAAGUGGAGAGAGGCAGGCUAUGUGGCGAACACGCCGGAAGGUGUUGCUGCAGCCAUCGCACAAAUAUCAUUGGACACAACUCGGAAGGGGAACAGUAUCAUGAUUUCAGGCAAUAUAGUAAGAGAGGUGGAAAUGACGCGCGCGGCAUUGAUGGGUUCCUGGCUCGGGGAAGACUUGGUAGAGUUGAUGGCAGUCUCAGGGAAGUUCUUCGAAGAGCUCGGAGGGUACCCAUUACCAAAGAAGCGAGCACAAGACGAAGAUAUUUGA